AGUGUUUAAAAAUUAAGGGAGAAGAAAAGUGCAUCGCAAAGUUUACCAAAACGAUGGGCAACUUUUACGGCAUUGUACAAUACUGUGUAGUGAUAAAUAACGAAGAGUAUAUUUUGAACGCCCGUUUUGACAUCCCCCUUCUGGGAGAUAACACAGCUUCGGCUGUCCUAGGAAUGAACAUAAAAAAUGAUAAGGCACAAAUGCUUUCCCAGCAGAAUUACUUCAUAGUUAAACACAGUUUCGACAAUACGUAUAAUAGCAAAUUCUAUAUAAGCAUUUUGGAGACGGAGGAAGGGAAGAGAUUUAUCGAAUAUCACAAGAAGAAAUUAAAAAAAGGCUUGCUCAGAAUUUUAAACAUAAGAAUUCUAGAGGAGAAGGAGAAGUUAAAGUAUGACAGAAGUGUGAAUAACUGGGCCAGAAAAAAUGAAGGCAGCCACAAUAACAAUUACGCUAAUGAGGAGGAUAGUGUGUUGAGGGAUAGGCUGAUUUAUAGUUCCUACCGAAAUGAAGACAUAAUGGAAAAUUUGCCUUUAAGUUUUAUAGUCAAUAUUAAAAAUUACGAAUGGAAGAAACGGCUGAGAAAGGCACACAAAUCGCUGUAUAUUUUGAUUAUCAAUUUUACCAGGCAAACAUUAACCCUAUCGGAUAGUAAAGGAUCCAGAUCGUCCAUUCUGACGGAAGGAAAUUGGGUAGAGUUACCAAGUGAGAAAAUCUCCCCCAUGCGAUGCACUGAAUUUGGUUGUAACAGUGAUGGGAUGUUUUCUAGCAUCAACGGAUUUUGUAAAUACAAUUUUAUGAAUGAGUCCUGCUAUUUGAAUAUCUUUUGGGAUAUCAACAGUGUGAAUUCGAAGAUCAAAUGUAACAUUAAGAACACUACCAAGUAUACUAUAAUUAAGAAUGUGGAAAUAUUUAACGAAUGCACCGCUGUGUUUCACAUUUUGGAAUACUAUUAUUACCCUCCAAUAAAAAUUUUGGAAUGUAAAGCCUUGACGAAUAAUAUUAUUAACAAGUACGGCAUCACGAAGGAGAAUGUGGAUGCCAAUUUGAGUGUCAUUUACCAAUGUAGCAUAAAUGUGAUUCGCCAAUUCUGUCAGUAUCUUCAAAAUAAUGCAUCGUACGAGAAUAACUCGAAUGAGGAUUUUAUCAACCCGGGGGACUUCAGAAAGGUGAUGUCUGACGAUGUGUACGGGUGCGAUGAUGACGAUUUGAGAAGCCAUGGAGGGGUGGGCUCGAACUUCACGAAUUUGACAAGUUUGACAAGCUUGACAAAUUUUACGAAUUUUGGAAAGCUUGGCAACCUCGGAAGCCUUGGAAGCCUGGUUCCGUCCCCGCUGUCCAACUUCUCCAAUAUGAAGAGUUCCCUGUCGCUGUACUCCAACGCCGUCGAGGAGAUGAUGCACAACUCGCAGCACCUGGACAAGGCCAAAAUUACGGACGAUAUCAUAAACCUCAAGAAUAACAAACGGAUUUACAGCCUCGAGAAAAGCGGCAAUGCUAGCGGCAAUGUUAGCGGGAACGUGAGCGGGGACGUUAGCGGGGACGUUAGCGGCAACCUUGGUGGAAUCGUUGGCCGAAACGCUAGCGGUAGAGCUAACUACUUAAGGAAUGCCGAUUUGCGGGCGAGCAUAAUGCAAGACAAGGGGUUCCAUUUGCUAAAAAGGAGAAACGCCACCUCGAAUAGCUUGUACAUAAACCGGAGACAUACAUUCACAAAUAUUAACAUCACCGCGGCGAGAGACUUCUUCUGCUACAUGCACGGAAAUAAUUACUCCAAUAAUAUCCCUAUCAACUCCUACUUGUAUAUCUCCUGGAACAUAGGAAAUAUUAUUUACAGAAAUUUGUACAACUCUAGUGAAAAUAUAAUCAUCAAUGCCCACAGUCUGUUAAGCAGCCACAGCAUAAAUGAUGAUGUAAUUCUGAAACUGAGAAUUGAUGAUAAUAACAGAAGGAUCUAUCCGUCCAAUUUAAUUCACUCUCUUCUCAUGAAUACACAAAGUAGUAUAUAUAUUAACAAUGAGUAUGUCUUACUAGAUAUUAUUUUAAAUAUUUUCCACCUUUUGUCGACCCACUUGUCCCCCAUCAUAGAAAGGAUUUUAGAAGCAGAGUAUGGGAACAAAUGGCUAGUUGAUAGUAAAAUUCCCAAAAGUAACAUUUGGGAGAAAUCCAAAGGAAAAAACGAAUUAGACAUCGAAGGAAUUAUCCAUAUUAUUACUACCUACUGGAUUGAUGUUUUUGAAAAGAAAAUUAAAAAUAUGGAAAUUUUGGAUAACCUACAGAAGGCAUCAAUCUUUUGGGCCAAUCAAGAGAUUGAUCAGUUCGACCAAGAAUUUGUGAAGAAGCUGAUUGAGAGCUCCUCUCUCUUGCUGAAGGUUUUUGGCGAUUACAGCACGGCCAAGAGUAUUGAGAAGCUGUACUACAACAAGUACUCCAUUUUUAAUGACAUCUGCGUGGAAUGA